AUGAAGAAAAAGAAAAGAGAAUCGGCAAUUCAGCAAGCAUCAUCCAUAGCGAUGAUGCCGGUAGAUUGGUCUGAACUUCCAAACGACCUUUUGAAUCUGAUAUCGCAACUAUUCGACAACAAAAUCGAUCUCAAUAGCUUCCGAUCAAUAUGUUCCAAUUGGCGUUCUGCUUCCAUCCCAAAUCAGCACCGUAACAUUUUUACACUUCAGUUCCCACUCUUCCGACCCCCAUUCAACAUUGAUUCCAUCAACAACAUCUCUGAAUUCCGUAACCUCUCUAAACACGGUUUCUUCCUCAUCAAACCACCACAAGUUGGUCGCCAUCGUCGUCCUUGGUUGUUUAGAAUUACACAAAACUCAACUGGCAAAAUACAAUUCCACGACCCACUCCUACGACGUGGCUUACAUUCAUCUUCUGAUCCCGUCUUCUUUGACUUCAACAAAUUCUCCCUUCUUCAUCUGGCAACCAACUUCAUUUGCAUUGACGAACAAAUGAAACUACCAAUCUCAUUAACAGACAUGUCAUUUAGGAACCCUACAAAAGCCAUUGCCGUCACGUCCCAUGGAAAUAAACCUAUCAUUCUCGGCACCUUUGCCUGUUCUCGAGGAUGUCCAGUAGUGUUCAAAUGCGGUGAUGAGAAUUGGAAGGCUAUACCUAACAUGUCGGCUUAUUUUGGAGACAUUUGUGUUUUCAAAGGCCGACCUUAUGCGGUAGACAAUACUGGACGGACAGUUACUGUUGAACUUGGACCUGAGGAUUCCACUGUCCAGUUAGUGGCUCAAUCUUUGGUUGGUGGUGGAGAUAUUAAAUUCUUGGUGGAGAGCGACAGUGAUUUGUUGUUAGCAGAUGUUUACCAGCGGAGGUUUGAUGCUCCUGAUGAACAUAUAAGGAUUAACGUGUUUAAGCUUAAUGAAAAGGAAAAGAAGUGGGUAAAGUUGGCGAAUAUAGGGGAUAGAGUUUUGUUCUUGGGGUGGCUAUGUUCAUUUUCUGUUUCUGCAUCGGAUUUGUGUGUUCGGAAACGGAAUUGUGUGAUCAUUAUGGAUAAUAUCUUCAAUCGGUAUUGUAAGACCUCUUUUUUGGACUUGGAUGAUGGUAGGGUUUUGGAUUUGUCCAGUUAUCCUAAAUAUUCUAAAUUGUUCCGUACACCUCGGAUAAAGAAGCUGAAUUAGUAACAAAACUAUAUGCUUUGAAAGAAACCCCUGAAUCCUAAUUACAUAUUCAUAUGAAAAGAUGCUGGAAAAUGAGGUGGAAUUUUGGGUUGCCGGAUAAGCGUUCUAACAGUUUCUUCAACUCGCUCGCUUAUCGAAGAAAGUUGUGUUCUAUUAUUUUGUUAUUGACCGCCUGCAUUAUUAUGGUCCUGCUAAGUUUAAACUCAAUUUAUCAGUUACAAGUUUUAAUAUUCUAUGAA